AUGGAGGAGGAGGACAUCUUUGAUUCCUCUCUGAAUCUGGAAGAAGCUCACUUCAAGGAAGGCUAUUCCGAGGGCUACGAGCACGGUCUAGUUACUUUGGGCUCAGAGGAUGGACAACAGGUGGGCUUGAAAGUGGGUUUCGAGACCGGGGAGGAGCUCGGCUUUUACGAUGGUUGCAUCCACGUCUGGAACUCCGCGAUUCAAGUGGAUCAGACUCGGUUCUCGGAUCAAGUCCAGAAGACGAUCAGGCAGAUGGAGGAGUUGGUGAAGAAAUACCCGGUUAUGGAUCCGGAGAACGAGAGCGUUCAGCAACUGAUGGAGGGCUUGAGGCUCAAGUUUAGGGCGGUUUCUGCGACUCUGGGUGUGAAAUUGGAGUAUGUUGGAUACCCAAAAACAGGACCAGAUUCUGGAUUCUAAGCAGAUUGAAUUUUGAGGUUUUUUUUCCUCCAUCUUCUAUUAUUUAUGUAUGAUUUGAUUUCUCGUACACUGCCCCUUCCCUUCUUUCUAAUGGGUUUCGAAUAUAAAAAUCAUUUAUUGGUACAUAACCUGACUGAGGUAAAUCCAUGAACUCAAUUCGGUUAUUCUUUCCUAGUCUUAAUAACCGCCUGAACCCUGAAUUGUCUUGUCUUAUGACUCAUCAAUCAGAUAGAUGAAUUU